GCUUGACACUUAAAUAAGGCGUCGUAUAGGCGCAUUUUUCACGCUUAUGCCACAAUUAUGCUGCAUGCUGCAUAUGACCACUGAUGCCGCAGCAAUGCCGGAACAAUAAGCUGCUCGUGCACGCAGCAGUAGUGCUGCUCGGCAUUGUCCUAGGCCGGGCCGCACGCCGUCGACAAAACACGGCACCAGCAUCGACACCAGCAGCAUUCGUCGCGAUGCUGCUCGAAACGCCGCAGCCGCUCUUGCUGGCGACGACGCGGCUGCAGGUCGACAAAUUCCCGCGCGGGACGGUGGGCGACGCGCGGCGGUCCCUAAACGGCGCGCUCGACGUGCGAGCGGCGAAGAGACGGUCUCCGGCGUUCCGCGCGCUCUGGCGGCGGCGACGGAGGUCCUUGGGUGGCGACGCGCGCGCCGGCGAGGCGCGACGCGCCGUCGACGACUACGUCGUGGCGCACGCGCGGGGACUCCACGAUGCCGGGGCCGCGGCGGCGGCGUUGCCAUAUGUGGCGUGGCUGGGACUGCCGAACGCUUGCGCGGUGCUCGCGGCGAUGGCGCCAGAAGGGCUCCGGCCGGCGCGCGACGGCCUGCGACGGUCGCCUUUGCACGUCGCCGCGGCGCGCGGUCACGCGGACGCCUACGCCGUGUUGCUCAAGGCCGCGCGCCGGGCGGGCGUCCGCGGCGCCGCUCGUACACCCGACGCACUUGGCGGCAAAGCGCGGGACUACGUCGCGGUCGCGCCUAACUGCUCCGAGGUUUUUCCCGGCACGGACGCGGAUGCGGCGACCGCGCUGGAGCGCUAUGCUUUGGUGGGCGCGCCGGUGCUUCUGCGCGGCGCGGCGGCGGGCUGGAACUGGACGGGAUGGAACUGGUCUGCCCUGGAACGCCGCGACGACGUCCCGGUGGCACCGCAGGACAUACCACACGGUGACAGCUUCGGCCUCGCGCCACCCAAUACGACGACUCUCGGCGACUUCGCGCGCGAUCCCGGCGGCAUGUACGUCUUCGACGCGGGCGCCGCCGCCGACGCGCUCUUUUCGAUGGGAGACGUGCGCCGUCGUGUCGAGGCGCUCGUGCGGCCGUCACUUGAAUUGGAUGAGCUGCUCGACGGAUUCCCUCGACGGCUUCACGAGCGCGAACACGGCAGGAACGCCCAGGUCUACGCCGGGCCCGCGGGUGCCGGCGCGCAUGAGCCUGCGCGGAAAUCAUCGCAUCGACCUGAACGUCUCGCGACGACUCACUGGUUGAUUCACGCAGGCCGUGGCACUACCACGAGCAGGCCGUGAACGCUCUCGGAUUUGGUCGAAAGACGUGGUACCUGCGGCCGCCGCCGACGGCGACGUACUCGGUCCAAGCGCCGCGGCACUGGCUGGGCCACCCCCGGGAUGCCGUGGUUUGCGAGCAAAGGGCGGGCGAUAUCUUAUACGUCCCCGGCGGCUGGGGCCACGCGGUCGUGAACGAGGAGCCGUCGGUCGGCGCCGCUGUGGAAUUCGUGGACGCAGUUAUGGUGUACCACCAGAACGUGCGUUUGGUGCCCCUUGUAGAUGUUUAACUUCACUGUAUGUAA